AUGGCCCACUACGGCGAAGCCCCCUCCUACUACGCCGACCAGCGGCCUCCCUACAGCGAGCGCCCCUCCUACGGCGAGCACCCUCCCUAUGGAGAGCGUCCUCCCUACGGAGACCGUCCUUCCUACGGCGGCGAACGCCCUGCCUACGACCCGCCCCCCUACGCCGGAGGCGAGCGGUCCUACGGAUCCCCCUCUCCCUACGGCGCGCCGCCGCCGUCCUCCGCACGCCCGCCCACCAUGCCCCCUCCGCCUCUCCCCUACGGCUGGGUCCAGGAGUGGGAGCCCAGCACGCGCCGCGCCUUCUUCUUUGAGACUGCCUCCGGCCGCUCGCAGUGGGAAGCCCCCAUCGCGGACUCGGAGUACGGCUCCCGCGAUAUGCCCCCGCCGGGUGGUGGUUACUACGGUGGUGCGCCGCACGGUGAGAGCGGGUAUCCCCCUCAUGGUGGGGAGGGGUAUCCUCCUCAAGAGGGAUACUCGGAGCACAAGGAGAAGAAGGACAAGGGGCUGAGUGAUAAUGCGAAGAUGGCGAUGAUGGGAGUGGGUGGUUUGGCUGUUGGCGCUGGUGUCGGGGCGUUGGUGGCGCAUGAACUUGGCGAAGAAUCCAGCUCUGAUGAGGAAGAGAAGAGGGAGGAGGAGAGAGAGGAGAGGGAGGAAGAGAGGGAAGAGGCGUACUCGGAUCAUGGGGAGUCUGAUGAUUGGUGA